UGGGCGAGAGCAGGAAGUGCUAGUAGAGCAGGCGUUAGCCAGCCAGUUGUAGUAACAUAGCUUAGCUUGACAUUUAAUUUGGUAGAUAAAAUGGGCCUUUUCGGUAGAACACCAGAUAAACCGCCUAAAGAGCUGAUCAGCGAGUGGUCUAAAAAAAUCAGAAAGGAAAUGAGAAUGAUUGACAGACAAAUUCGAGAUAUUCAAAGAGAGCAGGAGAAAGUAAAAAGGUCCAUAAAAGAUGCAGCCAAAAAGGGCCAAAAGGAUGUGUGUGUAGUCCUCGCAAAGGAGAUGGUUCAGUCAAAGCGAGCUAUCACAAAACUUCACGCAUCCAAGGCCCAUAUGAACUCUGUUUUGCUCAGCAUGAACAAUCAGCUUGCUGUAAUCCGUGUAGCCGGGUCCUUGCAGAAGAGCACAGAGGUGAUGAAAGCCAUGCAGAAUCUCAUCAAAAUCCCAGAGAUUCAGGCCACCAUGAGGGAAUUAUCAAAGGAAAUGAUGAAGGCUGGCAUCAUCGAGGAAAUGCUGGAGGACACAUUUGAGAGCAUGGAAGACGGAGAGGACAUGGAGGAAGCAGCAGAGGAGGAGGUUGACAAGAUCCUCUAUGAGAUCACAGCAGGUGCCCUUGGCAAAGCGCCGAGCAAAGUCACAGACGCCCUGCCUGACAUGGAGCCUGCUGGUGCUGCUGCAGCCUCAGAUGAGGAGUCAGAAGAGGACAUUGAAGCGAUGCAGUCAAGACUGGCAGCUCUGAGGAGCUAAGGUGAACUGCCACUGUUCUGUCGAAGUCAGUUUGUCACUCCAGCAAGGACAGAGACAAUUUUUGGCGCAGGUUUUACAGUACUGAGCAUCUUCUCUGCUUCAUAUGAUAACUACUCUUUCAUAAUCAUUUGGGGUUAACAUCGUGCUAUGACAGUUAAUGUCUCAAAAAGUUUUGUUUUUAUAGAAUGUUUGGUUUACUCAGCCUGAAAAAAAGGUGUUCUUUCUUUUUGUCUUUUAUUAUCUGGGGUAACCCUAGGUAAGUCUUUAUUAUCCAAAGUCAAACAGAAGGUUUAAGAAAGUGUAUAUAAUGUAAGUAAGAAAAGCCUGCUGUGCCUACAGUGCUUCAUCAUAUUCUUCUGUCCUAAGUUAUGGACUGAUGGUGGAGCUGCUUGGGUGUUAAUGAUCCAAAUAAGUGAUUAAAUGACUAAUGAAGGAAGCCACCCUUCGCUUAUAUCAAAUUUAGCAGUUUUUCUAAUAUUAUUGGAAACAGUUUUGUUAGAAACAGGAGUACCAUUCACUGGUAACCAGCCUACAUCCUCUAAAACACUAGCAAUGAUGGGUGGAUUUCUCUUUUGACAAUUAAUUCUCUGUACUGUCACACUGUGUCUGUUCUAUAUGUGGUCUUACUCUCAGAAAAAUGCACGCAUACUACCCUAACCCGUUUUCAUGCAUUAACAUUUAGCUUGUUAAAUGUUUGACUUUGUGUCACAGUUGAGUUUCUUCUCAGCAGGAGGAUGCAGAGGAAAUGAAAAGGUUGGUUAGUGAAGAACAUGUAUUGUGGAAGUAUUGUGUGUAUAAUUUUUCUAUGUGGAUGGGUACAGAAAAGGAAAUAAAGUUUUAAGAACAA